AUGUCUGGCAAGUCCCAAAGCUUUCAGACAUCCGCGGGACCCUCAACAUGGUCAGAGACGCUACCUUCAUGUACGAAUGGGCAUUCCUCUAGCGCAUCUCAUCCAAGCAAUGGCGCUCAAGGCGGUUAUGAAAGUUUCAGGCAGCCGGCUCCGCAACAUAGCGAGGCCUUUGACAUGAACGACUUCUUGCGGGGGCCCGAACAUCAAAAUGAAUUAGGAGCGCUGAAUGCUGGCAUUGAACCGUCAUGGACGGCUCAGUUCCACCAACAGUCUUUUCAGCAUUCAUCCUUCCCAACCUUCUCAAAAGGCGCACAUCCGACUAUGGACAGCAUACUCAGCUAUGACGACGGUGCUGAAGUAAGAGCGCUGCUCUCUGACCCUACUUUCACUGCCGAUACAUACCCAACCGAUGUGACGAUGGAAGAUCCAACAGAAGCGUCCAUCUCAGACCUAUUCCCUCAGAACUUUUCCGAAGAAGAACAGCAUGCAGCGGACCGUAUCAGAUCCUCACUACCAGCGCCACCGGUACACCGAUCGGUGCCUCACAACCACCCACUCAACCUCCGGCCAGAUUUCGCUUCGUUUGGCGCACCGAACCCUCAUCUCCAGCAGGAGAUUGCUGAGCUCGUAAGCACGCAUGGUUCCGGCGAGGAGAGCUACAUAUACUUCACCACUCCGACGCAACGCGAGCACUGGCUCUCAGAUUGGGACGACGUCCUGAAUAGCUACACGGACGACGUCUGGGGCGAGCUCCUCCCUGCAGUCCAAGUAGCAAGAGCUCAAGUCAAGGAAGCGAUGGCCGGCACUGACCAGCUAGACAGCAAAGCGGUUGUGCGACUGAAGAUGAUACUCGGGCACGUGAUAGAGAAGCAAGCUUCGAUUUCUACAGCCGACGUGACAGAAAGCCGGGUCCGAGAGGCUGAGACAGACGGGCUUGGAGCCACUAGCUUCAGGAACGGGACGCACCGUUCGUUAUCGGACGCAACCAAAAGCAUGAAUGGCUUCAUGAAUGGAUAUGCUUCUCAGAGUACCUUACAUCAUCAGGCACUUCCGUAUCACACCCGUCCAGGUCAAGCGGAGUGCGUACGCCCCCAUUUGGAUAGAACACAGCAUCACUCGAAGGACAUGACCCGUCAAAACGGACAUCCCGAACAGAGAACAGCGACAAAGGAGCCUCGCGAGGAGGAGAGAAAGAUACCCAUACCCGACUUCCACUGCCCCUGGAUCAGCUGCCACGAGGUACUGUCCCUGCGCUUCGACAAUGCAGCAGAGCUGCGCCUGCACUCGGGCACCCAUAGACCCCUCGCAUGUCCACAUACAGAAUGUGGUGCGUGCUUCCCAGAGCCUGAGGAGUGGACGCACCACAUACAGCAAGCGCAUCAUGAUCUGCUGGAUACCAGUGCGAGCAGGACGGGCGGAGGUGACGAAUGA